AUCCAAAAUAAAAAUUUGCAAAAUCAUCGAACUAUUUUAUUUCGUCAGAAAUUCUGUUAAAAAUCAGUCAUUUUUAAAGAAAGAAACUGGGCUUGUUUUUGGCUGUUUAAAAAGAUGCCUCGUGGCCGAUCAAGAGCGCGCUCGUCCCCAAGUGGGGGCUUAUCUUCUCGUUCAAACGUGCCGGCCGCUAGACCGUCGAGCAGUGUGGUUCCUCCACAAAGCACACAAGUCCAGAGAGGACCGGGUUUAUUUGGCCAAAUGGCUUCGACCGCCGCAGGAGUUGCUAUCGGAUCUACCGUUGUAAGUGAAUUUGAAAAUAUGUGUAGAACAUUUUCAAUGUUUUUUAAAUUUGCAUUUUGCAAAAAUACUAUUUCGAAGUUGAAGUUUCAAUGAUGUCAUCCGAAUGACGUCAUGGUAAUUGAAAAGAAUGACGUCACAAUGAAUACAGUGGGCUCGUUACAUUACUGGAGUGACAAGCCCAUGUCACUUUGACUAUAGACUAUAGAGCCUCGUUUUCAUGUACAUCUGAUGUCGGUUAUUAAAAGCCCAUGUCUCAAUCACAAAAAAGGUUCCAUAGCCAACGUGUAUUGGCAAAUUCCAGUUAGCAAAUGUCAUGUAUAUGCUUGGGCGGUUUUUCGGGUUUUUUCGGUUUUAUUUUAAAACCGUUUUUUUCGGUUUAGCUUUUACAAAAACCGGAAAACCGUCAUUACAUAAUUGUUUACUGUCAUCGCCUGAAAAUCUUAAUUCUCAAAACAUGACACUAAUCAAACUCAAUUACAUGACACUAGAUACAAAUUCUAUUAUUUUCCGUAAAGUCGGUAAGAACGAAAGAGGUAUAAGUUUUCAAAUGCGUUCUUGACCCUUUUAUUUUAAAACUGAAGUCGUUUUAGGUUACCUUUGCACAAUUUUGCGUUUUGUCAUGUACUGUUCGUUUGCUUAUGUCAAAGAAAUACCACAAUUCUUCCUCAUUCAGUUGAAGUAAAAAUUAAACGAAAAAAACCGGUUUUCCGGUUUUACCGGUUUAGAAUCAGACGGUUUUUCGGUUUUGAUUUUAAGCAAAACCGCCCAAGCCUAGUCAUGUACAGCAUUGUUUUGUAUUUCUAUUCACCCCUGAAUUUGCUUAUGAAUUGCCCACUGUAUGCCCAUUGUAUCCAGUUGUAAACUCACCACACCAUAUAAUAAAUUUCCACCUAGGGUCAUGUAGUUGGCGGUGCUAUAACAGGUGGUUUCCAUGACAACAAUGACACUACACCUGCAGGACAACAACCCGCCAAUACGAUGCAAGCUUCCAACAAUCCUUGUCAGUUUGAAUUUGAACAAUUUGUUCAGUGUGCUCAAAACCAACAUGACAUCACCUUCUGUAAAGGCUUCAAUGAAGUGUUAAAGCAGUGUAAAGUUGACCAUGGUAAGUAUGAGCUGAGACAACUGGCUUACCCAUACUCACCCACAUGUAGACCAGGUGGUUUAUCAGUUACCCAUCGAGUGCCAGCGCUCUCCCCUUGAUGAGUAAAAUCAUCUGGCGUUAGACAGAGUAAAAUAACUAGGCAUUAGAGUAAAAUAAUGCAUGCAACGCAACUUAAUGGUUGUGAAGUUAUUACCCACCCUAAUACCUUGAAAAUAAUUUUCCAUAUUUUAGGUUUAAUGUGAAGUGUCAAGAUUUUAGAAUACAAGGAAGUUUUGAUAUGAAAAGAACAAAAAGCUUAUAAAUGUUUUUAUUUAUUUGGAAUUUAUUAAAA